UUUAAACUAGUCAGGAUAUCAGAUGGGCAAAAAUACUUGAGGGUUGUUUGUUUCACUAAGGUCACGGCUCCGCUUCGAUUUCUACUUUUCUCUAAAAAUAAACGCUUGCGUUUAAUCUUUUUGUGACAGGCGUUCCGUUGUGGGGGAAAUACACCAUCAAUAUCAGAUUAAUUCCUUGAUCAUCAGAAUCAACUGCAGGUGUGAAUUCAUGUCUGUAUUUUCUCCCCAAAUAUACUGCCCAGUGUUUGUGCCAAGUGGAGACGACAUGACUGAGGUGAUGAUCAGUAGCACCCCCAUGGAGGACAUAAGGCUCAGCCCCAGCAAGGACCGGCUCUCCUUCCAGAUCUUUCCAGACCCCUCAGACUUCGAGCGCUGCUGUAAGCUGAAAGACCGCCUGCCCUCCAUUGUAGUGGAGCCCACGGAGGGAGAAGUGGAGAGCGGCGAGCUGCGUUGGCCUCCUGAGGAAUUCAUUGUCAGUGAAGAAGAGGAGAAGGAGAACCAUGGCAAAAGCCAAACUGGACAGCCAACACAGAACAACCAGGACUAGAGGCCAAACGACAAACCCUACUCCCACCUACAUCCCACUCGCACUUAACCACUCACUGAGUGACUAGGGGAACACAUGUCAGUGAUGCUCACUUUCCUUCCCUAGACACCAAAGCAUCACUCUGAAGAGACACAAUAUGCAUGCUUUACUUAAUCUACCUUUUGGAUUUCACCUCUGUUGCUUAACCACACCACACACACACACACACACACACACACACACACACACACACACACACACACACACACACACACACACCUAUAUGUAUGAAAAUACACACACACCAAGCACCCCUGUGUCUCACCCUAAAAUGCAGGUCCAGUAAAACGGUGGCAGCUCAGUGCUCCAUGGACAGAUCUCGUACUGAAGGAGACUACAAUGCCCACGCCAAAUCUGCUGGCCACAUGACUCCAGAGACUCUUGUACCCAGAGACUACUGCUUUGGUACGCAAGCGGAUUUCUGUUUUUCAUCCCUUCGAUAUAUGGAUUGAAAUGUACAUGACUACGAUUGCCGUCUGUGGAUCUCAUAGUCUGUCUUAGUCUUGUGUGUAUGUUGGUGGGGUUUGUGUUGUUCGUUUCGGUGGAUUGUGAUGACUGACAGGAAGUAGGGGUUACUGUGAACAACAGAGGCCGUUAGUCUCCGUUGGGCAAAGGAGUAACUUUUACACUGAGAGGGAACUCUUCCCUACUUCUAUAAAAGUUAAUGAUAUGUACAGUAUAAUAUGAACGCUGGUUGUGCACGGAAACACUCAUCUGCUUUGUUUUUUCCCUUGUCUUGCCCCCCUGAUGACAUUUGAUAGGUAUUGAAGGGGGGGGGGGAUUAGUCAAUAUGAAUCAAUAUAUAUUUUUUUAGAUGUAGUGAUUUAAAACCAACAAUGUCACUAAAAUAGACACUCGGUGAAGGACAUUUUUGCCCUCUGAGCCAAUACCUGAGGUUAUUGUUGAUUGGUUUAUUUUGUUAUUGUCACGAAACAUUCAUGAGACUGAAAUGAGUUCUAAGUGAUUCUCACCAGAGCGUUGUUCAAUGAUCUCGUCUUCACUGAUCAGUCAUUAAUGUCACCCUCAACCAGUAAGGUAUAUCACGAUACAGGGACUUGACCAGCUACCUCUUGUACAUUUCUGAACAACUCCCAAUUUUCCAGUUCAUAAACUCUGGACUCUGUUCUCUUACUAACAAGUCCUCCACAGUAGCUUCCUUUUUAUCAUCUUAAAAACAGUUACUGGUUUCUGUCCUUGUUUGUUAAAGCCAGUUAGUUGACCCCGACUCAUAAAUUGCCACCUUUGUUUGUAUGCAAUUUGUUCAACUAAUGAUGUUUUGCAAUCUAUUUCUCUAUUCUACAUCACCAGCUGUUCAGCUUUCUUGGAAAGAUGUUAAAGGCAUGAUGUUUGCUGAAAAAAAGAAGAUACCUUAAUGUAUUGUUCUGAUAGUGUAUAUGAAGUUGUGUGUAUGAAGUUGUGUGUAUGUCUCUCCCUCUGUAAAUGGCAUUAGGGCUCUGAACAGAACAUCUCCUUUUCUCUCUGCUGUCACCCACAGGUACUGUGCUUUGUUUUUGUAAAGCUCAGGGAGGAUAGCUGCCAUUUUGCUCAUUUUUGUUGUUGUAUUUAGAUCACUUUACUCUGACGAACAGAGGUUGUAAAUAAACAUUUGAAUUUGCU